UGCAAAAGGUGUGAUAGCUACAAAUAAAAAGAUGUAAGUGAAUGUAUUCCACGGCCCGUGUGUUCUCGGAGAAAUUCCAUGAAACCUAACUUAACGUAACUCAACAUGGGGUUAAACUAGGUGGUGCAACGCUGCAGCACUUGAAACAGAACGCGCUAUGAAAAUAUUUUUCAAAUGCUAAUUAGAGAGCCAUUAUAUAAUGGAUGCAUCUGAAAACGAACAGUAUGUUGCCUUCCCGUUAUCAAAUGUCCACGAUCCGAUGCAGGAGACGAUUAUAUCUCAUGAAGAAAUAUGCGAGCCUGUCGUCGAGUGCGUUAUGUCAGAUACUAUGCCAGAGGUUACUGUCACUGAAGUUGGUCCUAGAAUAACUGAGGUGCAGGGGGCUGUUGAGAUUUUAGCAGACCAGUCUGAUCCAGACGACGAUGAUAAUUCUUCAGUUUACCCGAUCUAUAUAAAACAAGAAGAGCAACAACAAUAUACUUCUGGAGACGACGAGUCCAUGGCGGUUGAGGCGCUUCGACAACUUGGCGGAAUGUACCCCUGCUUCAGCGACAAAAAAAUAUCCUGCCCAAAUUGUGCUAAUUUAUUCACACAAAUAGAAAUGGCUAAGCACCACCCCACUUGUGCACCAGUUGAGCUCUCGUGCACCACCUGUGGAGAACGUUUUGAGAGAAAAAUUGAUCUCAAUAAUCAUAUGGUCUGCCAUCAGGUUGAUCGUCCACACUCAUGCAGAACCUGUGGAAAUUUAUUUAGAUCUAAAGCGAGUCUUCAAUCACAUAUGGCUCAGGUUCAUCAGGCAGAACGACCCCACAAAUGCAAUAUUUGCAAUUCUAAUUUCCAGAGACCUUCCAGUCUGUCCAAUCAUAUGAAAAUACACACCUACGUAGCUGGGAGAGCAAUAAUGCAGUCAUCUUCAACCAGCAGUGGAGGACAGACUGUGGAACCAUUUCGGAAAUGGCCGGAAAACAGCGCAUCCGAUUUACCGAGUACCUCUGUGCCUUCUUCAACUGCUCCCUCUGUCACUAAUUACGAAGUGCCGCAGGUCCAUUGGUCGAUACCUACGUACAAUUUUAGCGAUGAUCAGCCGAGUGUGGGGGGACUUUCGAAUCAUCAUGAGAAAAUGGACCCUAUGCAUGAAUUUUCUGUUAUGCCAAGUACAGGAGUCAGCCAGUUCGAAUAUGCGCAGCAAAAUGCUAUAGGCAAUCAGAUUAAUCAUCAAUAUAAUUUAUCCAUAAGUUCGUUCAGCAACCAGGAUGGGAUGGUAAAAGUAGAGUCCAUGCCCUACCCUAGUGACUCGCGAAGAAGCUACGUUGAAGUAGAAAUGAAUGACUCUAAUCAGCACACAUGCAGUCACUGUGGAGUCAAUUUUGCAAGGGCAUCAGCAUUAGUGUGUCAUGAGAAAAUUCACACAUGCAAGAAUUGGAGUAUGCCUGUCGAAUGUGAGUUCUGUGAUAAGCAGUUUCAGGAUAGUAAUUGUCUAGCUACGCACCAAACAACAUGCGCUAAAAAAGUUAUGAGGAGCAAUGCUGAGCAUGGAUUGCCCAACAGCAAAUGGGGAAAGCACGCAUGUGCAGAUUGUGGAAAAAAGUUUACUACUAAACAGAAAAUGUUCAGGCACCAGUGGAUCCACAGGAAAAAAACCCAUUCCUGCGAAGUUUGUGGAGCUCAGUUUGAGAAGCAGCCAGAACUCGAUGAGCACAGGCUCUCUGCCCAUCCAGGAGAUUCUGCAUUCACCUGCAGUGAAUGUGGAAAGAGCUUUGUCUCCAGGCAAGGACUUUGGGAGCAUGCUAGGACCCAUGCUGGCAGCCCUGCACACUUCCACUGUGAUGUUUGCUCUAAGACUUUUUCAUCUAGACAAGGGUACCUUAUACAUCAUCGCACCCACACUGGGGAACGACCCUACGGCUGCAAGUUCUGCUGGAAGGCAUUUCGAGAUGGUGGAACGCUGAGAAAGCAUGAGCGUAUUCAUACAGGCGAGAGACCUCAUGUUUGCCCUCUUUGUUCUAGAGCUUUUAACCAAAAAGUUGUGCUCAGAGAACACGUUCGGUGGGUUCAUGCGGCUGGUAAAAAUGAGACAGAAGUUACAGGCCCUCCUUUUCGAUGCCCACUGUGCGGAGCUCUGAAUCAGGACAGAGAUGAGCUUUGUGCUCACAUUGUAAAACACUCUGACCAAAUGAUAGCUGAUGCCAAAGCUAAGACAAACAAUAACGCCUCCAAGCCAAAGCCGACUAAGAAGAAAUCUAAGGCAUCUGCAAGCUCUGGGUCUUCUUCAGGAAAACAGAAUGCUGGUAAUCGGUCAAUUUCAAGAAUGGAACAAAACGAAGCUCUACUUUCUAUUUCCGAAGCAACCUCAAAGACAUCCGAUAGUCCACCACAAUUGAUGGUAGCCAACAAAGCUAAUGAUGCUUUGUUGCUGAUUACUCCUGCCAAACAUAACGAAGCUUUGCGAUUGAUUUCCGAAGUUAAGCAAAAUGAUUUACAUUUGAUAGCGCAGGGUAAGCAAAGCGAGAAUCUUCACAUCGCCCAAAUUAACCAUAGAGAAUCUCUUAAUAUAACUUCUGCCACGGACAAACAGGGUUGUAGCGUGCGAAUGGUUUCUUCGGAACAACAGAGUAAUACACUUCGCGCCAAUUCUGGCAGUAGACAAAACGAGGGUAAUGCCAUUCAUUUGCUUUCGGCCUCAAAACAGACUGACAGCGUUCAUUUGAUUGCACAAAAUAAGCAGAACAAUACGUUGCACCUGAUUUCUAAACAAAAUGAAUCUCUGCCUGUACUGACCAUACCAAAUCCCCAAAAUCAUGAAAAUUUUUCCAGUCAGAUUACGCAGAUCAACAAUGUAGAAAUGCCCAUGAACAUGGUUACUCAUCAUUCUUCCCAGCACCAGCAGCAGCAGCAGCAUGGGGAGAGAAUCAAACCACAAAGUUCUGUGCAAAAAGUUACUCAAGCGACCACCGCAGUCCAGGGUCAAUAUCAACAACGAGAAAGCGAUGACAGUGAAGAGCCUGUGUGUGACAUUGUUGGUAGCUAUCAGCGAUAGAUAACUGUCUGUUAUCCGACUAUUUAAGCUGGCGAUACAACAACGCUAACAAUGUUCUACUGCCACGCACUUAAUCUGUGUUAGUUUCAUGGUUUUGAUGGCUGCGGAAUCCAGUCUAUAAAUCAACUCGUCUAUAAUUUGCUCAUGAUGAGUUGAAAAUUCUGCUAAUCAAAUCAUUGCUACUGAUAAGUGUAAAAAAUUUAAAAACUAGAGGCGUGAAUUUUGAAAAAGCAUUGUUAUUAAUUAAUAUUAUUGUAAAGCAAAUUAUAAUCAUCAUUAUAUCGGAAAGUCAUAUCGUACAGACAGGAAACUAUAUGAAAAUGAUGUAUGCUAUGUAUGUGUUACCGUGAAUGACCGAAAUUAGAGAAUGUGUUAAGAUUUUCCGGUGUAAGUCAGGAAUGAGGGUAUUUAGGAAAUAUUUCUGACAUACACUAAGGGACUAUGUGAAUGUUGACAUUCACCGGUGAAAGUCGACAUUCUCCAAAUUUCGGUGUUUUACUGUGCAUGUGCAUAUUUCCUACUUAUAACAAUUAGUGACUGUAUUUUCUUAAUGUCCGAGUUUGUGAUAUACAUAUAGUGUUGUGGAUUCGGUGUAACCGUUUAAACAAAAUCAAUAACUUAAAAUUGUGAUUUAACACUUUAAUGAAGGUGCAAUUUCUGUUGUCUCUUUCAACCAUAUUGUUUAUGCAAGUAGCCUUAAUUUUUUUGGGGUUUUUGUCAAUGAUGAAACGGUGAAAAUAAGGAAUGAACUUUUAUGUUAAAUGAGUAGAUGACUGAUCGGAAAAAUAGGCAUCUAUGUCUGAUAAGGUUAUUAUAUUUUCCAGUUAUUUUAUAUUAUUCCCUUUUCAAGUGAAUUAAGAGAGAAAGAUUGGUUUAUAUGUCAUGUAAGUUUCUUCCAUAUCCUAAGAAAGUUGAUGACUUGAAUAGGGAUUCGGGAUGGUUUUCAUUAAAAAAAAACGUGACUGAUUAUUAUCGAAAUACAAUUUAUUACUCACAGAUGAUAUGAUUAAGCUUUAGAGAGUGGUGUAUCCAGUUUGGUAGCAUUAUGGAAGAUGUAAAUGCCAGCGUGUAUGCACGUACGUUCGGGUGAAAAUAUUUUUAUAUACCUUAUCUCAUGAUGUCCAGUGUGCUCUGUAUGUAAAUAAAUCUUAACUCAACAUAAUUGAUAUUCGGCAGUCACGUUUUUUUUUAAAUCACAAAUCGAUGUAUGACUCACGAUAAAUUCCAAGAAAAGUAUUUAUAAUUUAUAUGUUAGUCUAUCGUUUGAAUGUGUCAAUAACAGUAUAAAUACAUCAUAUAUCGUAAUCAUUACAA